GAACAGCUCUCGCGUCUUCGCCGCCAUGCGGAGAACGAGGUGCCGGAAGCGAUUACGUCUUUGGGAGACGCGUACCGCCAUGGUCGGUUGGGCCUCGUGAAAUCCGAUAAGAAAGCCGCGAAGAUUUACCGGCGCGCCGUGGAGCUCGGAAACGUGGACGCGAUGAGAUACCUUGCGGGAUUGCACAACACUGGAAGUGGCGUCAAGCUGGACAAGAAGAAGGCGGAGCGGCUGUAUCGCAUGGCCGCAGAUCGAGGCGACACGAUCGCGCAAACAAAGUUAGGGUUUUUACUUUACUCUGAGAAGAAACUUGAAGAAGCGUUCCGGUACUACACCCUCGCGGCGGAUCAAGGCUUUUCUAUGGCGGAGACUUCCCUUGGCUGUUGUUACGGGCGCGGAGAAGGCACGGAAGUCGACCUCGGCAAAGCCAGGUACUGGUUCGAGCGCGCCGCUGCCAAGGGCGACGAGGAUGCUAUAGCGUCGAUUACGUGUUUGGGAGAUGCGUACCGCCGCGGUCGCUACGGUCUCGUGAAAUCCGAAAAGAAAGCCGCGAAGAUUUACCGGCGCGCCGUGGAGCUCGGCAACGUGGACGCGAUGAUACACCUUGGAUUAUUGUACGAGAACGGAAGUGGCGUCAAGCUGGACAAGAAGAAGGCGAUGAAACUGUAUCGCGCGGCCGCAGACCGAGGCGACGCGGUCGCGCAAUUCGAUUUAGGGGUUUUACUUGAAUCUGAGAAGAAAUUUGAAGAAUCUAUCCGGUACUACGCGCUCUCGGCGGAUCAAGGCGAUACCGAUGCGGAGUAUUGCCUUGGCCUUUGUUACAGGGACGGACGAGGCACGGAAGUCGACCUCGGCAAAGCCAGAUACUGGUUCGAGCGCGCCGCCGCCAAGGGCGACGAGUGUGCUAUAAAGUGCCUCGCGGAGCUCGACGCGCAAGUAUAG